CUUAUAUUACUACUCAAGUCUCAAAAGCCAAACCAUGUCUCUCCUUUCUCAUUUCUCCCAAAAAUCUCUACUCUCUCGCUCGCUUCGCCCUCCUCUUAUAUCCUCUCUCCGUGCUUCCAAAUUCAGUUUAUACCCUUCCUCGUUUCUCUGUUCUCAACUUCAUCCUCUCUCCCAGCAACCCUCCCUCGCAUGCCACGUUACUAAUCCCCCUUCUAGCCGCAGCGUUUCCAUGGACUCUUCCUCGCCGGAACCCACCGUCUCUAUCGACUCCCUUUCGGAUGAUUUCAAGAAUCAGAAUUUGGGCGCCGAUGGCGGUCUUCAUGACAAAAAUAGUACUAGCAAGGGUAAAUUGACGCUUGCAGAUCUUAACUGGGACCAUUCAUUUGUUAGAGAAUUGCCUGGUGAUUCGAGAACCGAUACCAUUCCUCGUCAGGUAUUGCAUGCUUGUUACACAAAAGUUUCCCCAUCAGCUGAAGUAGAGAAUCCUCAUCUUGUUGCGUGGUCAGAAUCGGUGUCUGAAUUGCUUGAUUUGGAUCCUAAAGAGUUUGAUAGACCAGAUUUCCCCCUUUUAUUUUCUGGUGCAUCUCCAUUGGUUGGAGCGUUGCCUUAUGCUCAGUGCUAUGGGGGACAUCAAUUUGGCAUGUGGGCUGGUCAGCUGGGUGAUGGACGGGCUAUAACACUAGGGGAGAUUAUAAAUUCGAAGUCUGAAAGGUGGGAGCUGCAGCUUAAAGGUGCUGGGAAGACUCCAUACAGCCGGUUUGCAGAUGGCCUUGCAGUUCUGCGUAGUAGCAUUCGAGAAUUUCUUUGCAGUGAAGCAAUUCACCAUCUGGGCAUCCCAACAACUCGGGCACUUUGUCUUGUGACAACAGGGAAAUAUGUUACCAGAGACAUGUUUUAUGAUGGCAAUCCAAAGGAAGAACCUGGUGCAAUUGUUUGCAGAGUUGCACAAUCUUUUCUUCGUUUUGGUUCCUACCAGAUACAUGCUUCAAGAGGAAAAGAAGACUUGGACAUUGUUCGUGCUUUAGCAGAUUAUGCAAUCAAAAAUCAUUUCUCUCACAUUGAGAACAUGAGCAAAAGUGAGAGCUUAUCUUUUAGUACUGGCGAUGAAGAUCAUUCGGUUGUGGAUCUAACCUCGAAUAAGUAUGCUGCUUGGGCAGUGGAAAUUGCUGAACGAACUGCUUCUCUGGUUGCAAGCUGGCAAGGGGUUGGUUUUACUCAUGGCGUGCUGAACACUGACAACAUGAGCAUUUUGGGUCUCACCAUUGAUUAUGGUCCCUUUGGAUUUUUGGAUGCUUUUGAUCCUAGUUACACUCCAAAUACCACAGAUCUUCCAGGUAGGAGAUACUGUUUUGCAAAUCAGCCUGACAUUGGCUUGUGGAAUAUUGCACAAUUCACAGCUUCCCUAACAGCUGCCCAGUUGAUUGAUGAUAAGGAGGCAAACUAUGCAAUGGAAAGAUAUGGAACCAAGUUCAUGGAUGAGUAUCAAGCUAUAAUGACUAGAAAACUUGGUCUACCAAAAUACAAUAAACAGUUGAUCAGUAAACUUCUCAAUAAUAUGGCUGUAGAUAAAGUUGAUUACACGAAUUUCUUCCGGUUACUGUCUAAUAUCAAAGCAGAUCCAAACACUCCUCAAGAUGAGUUGUUGGUUCCUCUGAAGGCCGUUCUGCUAGAUAUUGGCAAGGAGCGCAAAGAGGCAUGGAUCAAUUGGGUGCAGUCCUAUGUGCAUGAGCUGGCUGCUAGUGGUAUUUCAGAUGAGCAGAGGAAGAUUCAAAUGGAUUCCGUAAAUCCUAAAUAUGUGCUUCGGAACUAUUUAUGUCAGACAGCCAUUGAUUCAGCUGAACUAGGUGAUUUUGGGGAAGUGAGGAGGUUGCUUAAACUAAUGGAGCGGCCGUAUGAUGAACAACCAGGGAUGGAAAAAUAUGCUCGCCUGCCACCAGCUUGGGCUUAUCGGCCAGGGGUCUGCAUGCUUUCUUGUUCUUCAUGAGUUGCUUGCUUGCAUUAAAAAUUGCAAACUAUAUUUGUAGCUUGUAUAUAACAUAGUUGAAUCAAGUUUUCUUUGAGAGUCCGGAGGAUAAAAUGUAGAAUGCGCGUUUCUUUUCGUUGUUAGAACGGUUUAUAGGCAUAAAAAUUGUAUUUAUUAUUUA